ACCGCCCUCCACCUCCACCCUCCUCAGCCACUACCUCUCAACACAAACCAACCAUGGCUGCCACUUCACUCCCUCUCAUUUUCUUCACUCUCUGCCUCCUCUCUCCCCUCACUCUAGCACAAACACCCGCCCCCACCUCCUCCCCUUCCCCCACAAACCUCACCGGAAUCCUUGACAAGAACGGCCAAUACACCACCUUCAUCCGUCUUCUAAAUGACACCCAAAUCUUCAACCAAGUCGAAAAUCAGCUUAACAACUCCAACAAUGGCUUGACUGUCCUUGCCCCCACCGAUAACGCUUUCAACAACCUUCCGUCCGGGACCAUAAACAGCCUCACCCAGCAGCAAAAGGUUCAACUAUGUUUGUACCAUAUUCUUCCCCAAUACUACUCCCUCAAUGAUCUCCAGCUCGUCAGCAACCCGGUUAGGACUCAGGCUACCGGUAAUGAUGGCGUCUGGGGACUGAACUUCACCGGACAGAACAACCAGGUCAAUGUGACAAGCGGGGCAGUGACGACACAGAUUAGCAAUGCUUUGAGUCAGCAGAAGCCUCUGGCGGUUUAUCAAGUGGACAAGGUUUUGCUGCCCGAGGAGUUGACUGGUGGAUCCCCGUCUACGAUUUCUUCUCCUGCUCCGACGUCAUCCCCAGCUAAGGCAAACACCACAGUAUCAAGCGCCAAGGAACCGUCCCCGGCUGGGUCAGGUGCCUGUCAGAGUAACAUGGGUUUGGGUUUGGUUGUUGGGCUUGCGAUGGUUUGCAUGGGAGCUGUAUCUUCUUGAAUCUGGUCAACGUUGUUUUUUUUUUUUUUUACUUCACAUUUUCUUAUUUUUCAAAGGGAAUGGGGGCAUUUGAGCCUUGAACAUUUAGAAUUUCAUUCAUAUUUUCUUCUUUUUUUUUCUUUUUUCUUUUGUUGUGCUUGUAAUUGCAUUAAUGGUUUGAUUGUUCAAUGUAGUUUGUAUGAAGUUUGGAAAAUAAUUUAGCCAUUCCCCA